AUGGCGCGCGAUCAAGGUGGUUGGCGCGGUUCUGGUGGAAACUGGAGAGCAUCUCGGCAAACCCACCGCGGCGGCCGGUCUCGCGGAAAUUCUUCUCGGGGCGGUUCGUCUUCUCAACCGCGACGUGUUUGCCAUCAAUUUCUCCGUGGGAGAUGCACGUACGGCGACUCGUGCAAGUUCUCGCACGACGAUCAAGAUGUUGAGCGUGUCCGCGAGCAAGAGGCGUCUGAAGGGAUCACGCCGGGCGAAGCCAAACAGACCCGAGAGAACUAUUUCGACUUCAAGCGCCAGGUCCGCCAGCGCAGCUCGUCCAUCUCACAUCUGGGUGCAAAUCCCCAGCUGGAAUGCGAGGAGACAUGGGAGCUCGCGGGCAGCAUCAUGGAUAGCCCCAACCGAGAGUUCCAUCAAUCUGUCGCUAGAGACCUGGCCGACGACGAGAUCGGUGGACCAGCAUUUAUCCAGAGAACCAUCCGAUUGUGCACCACCUCAAAGAAUGAUGAAAGUUGUCUCCGACUUGCUCGCGCCGCCCUCAGAGUCAUCACCCACCAGUCGAUGCUCCUCUGUCUGUCGAUCGAUAGUUAUGUCGGCACCGUCUACCGAAUGAUCGGCGGAAUCAGCGGUGAUCAAGGGAUUGCCUUUUUCUUUGACCUGAACCGGCGUCUGACGAAUACUUCUCAUUCGCCGCGGAGAUUCCUCACUCUUAUCGCCUCGUCGCUCCACGAACUGCUCCGGCGAGAGCGGAAGUGUCUCCUUAAUGAUGCUUUGCCGGCCCUCUUGAAUGCCCUCGGCGAAAAGACCACUCAGCUUCGCGGUGUGGCUGCUCAAGAUGCGGUGGAACCCACGGGCGACCUUGAUGCCGUCGCUGUCAAGGUUGACAUGGCUAAAAGGAUGAUGGAUGGUGUGCGUCGCGGCGUCGUAAACCAUGAACCAGCCGAUGGUGGCACGGCGAGAGUUGCUGGCGCCAUCGAGUCAACCUUCCCUCUGGAGGUGGUUGUCCCAGGAGGCAACCAUGACAACGACUUCCCCGACAUCACCAAAAUCGAGAUAUUCCCUACUCUAGAAGAGGUCACUUGCAAUAUGGCCGAGUAUCUGCCAAGCACCGACUUCACCCGGCCACAUUUUCUUGCCGAUCCCGUCCAGCGCCAUCUCGAUUCUGCCUUUCGCCUGCUGCGCCAUGACACCUUUGGGCCGCUCAAGCAGGUCAUUGGCACUCUCCUGGCACAGCCUGACGUCGGCAACGCUGCCGCGUCAAAUCGGUUUAUUAAUGGCAACAUCAGAGCCCACAGCUACUCCAGGGCCAGCAUUCAGCACGUGCUGGUGAAUGACUACCUUGAGGCCAUCGUAUCGUUCACGCAACCGCCGCAACUGCGUAAGUACACCCUGCAGGAGCAACGGCGCUGGUGGGAGGAUUCCUCUCGGCUCGAACCCGGUGGCCUGGUGUGCUUCAUCUCAACCCGGGGUGACCAGAAGUCAUUCUUGUUGUUCGUGGUCACUAGGAAGGAGACCUGGGACGUCCGGGAUGACAAAAACAAGAGCACCCUUGUUUCGGAGCAUCUGAAUCCCGCUGUCACGGUGAAGUUGGCGUCUGAAACACAACAAAACAUGCGCUUACUCCACCGCAUGUACGUCGGGAAGCAGGAAGGGUUGCUGAUCGAGCUGCCCGGCCUUAUCCCCGAGACAUUUGUCCCCAUUCUCGGGAACCUCCAGCGGAUGAUGCGAGAUGGAGACCUCGCUUUCCGGCGAUGGAUUCUACCGUCGACGGAGCACAACAACGAUGAGCCACUUAUCGUGAUAUCGCCACCGGCCUACACCCGCCGACUCGGGUUCAGGUUCCGACUUCAAUCAAUCACACGGAGUGGGAAAACUGCUCUCACCGUCAAUCCUGCUGUGCCUGGGGGGGACGUCACUGCAGAGGCCCUUGAAGAUGCCACUGGUCUCGACCGAGGGCAGUCUGACAGUCUGAUCGCUGCCCUGACCCGCGAGUAUGCCCUCAUCCAGGGGCCGCCAGGCACAGGAAAAUCAUACGUUGGUGUACAGUUGGUGAGGGUCUUGCUGGACCACGCCGACGAGGCAACGCUCGGCCCAAUCCUAGUCAUUUGCUACACAAACCACGCGCUGGAUCAGUUUCUGAAACACCUUCUCGGCGUCGGCAUCGACAAGAUCAUCCGAAUCGGAGGUCAGAGCCGCGCCGAAGAGCUCGGAGGCAAGAAUCUCCGCGUCGUGAGCAAGGAGACCAGCAAAACCACCGUUGAGAACCAAAUCCUGGGACGGAACUACUCGGAGUCCAACCACUGCCUCGAAAAUGCCGGCAAAAACCUGAAAUCCCUGCACCAAAUUCACAAGGGCAAACUUAACUGGGCUAACAUUCAGCAUUUCUUGCAGCGCCAUUACCCAACGAUUUAUGCCCAGUUCUCGUCGUUGGAGGUGGACGAGAAGGGAUUCACCCUGGCUGGCAGCGGUGACCCUCGUUGGGUGCUAGCCGAGAGCUGGGUGAGCCGGCUAACUCAAGUACAGAGCGACCGCAUCUUCGAGCAGGUUGACCAAGCCAAACUUCACCGAGAAGAAAUUAACAGCGUGCAUGACGACGUCAGCCGGCGCACGCUCCUCAAAGCUCAGGUUGUGGGCGUCACCACCACGGGGCUGGCUCGGAAUAUCAAGAUGCUUUGCCGUCUCGGCGUCAAGGUCAUCAUCUGUGAGGAAGCGGCCGAAGUGAUGGAACCGCACCUGAUCUCCGCCCUUAUGCCCGGGGUUGAGCACUUCAUCCAGAUCGGCGACCACAAGCAGCUGCGCCCUCAGAUCCAGAACUACCUCCAGUUCAGCCUGGAGACGGCGGCCGGGCGUGCUCACCAGCUCGACCGCAGCCAAUUUGAGCGCCGCGCAGUCGGUGAGCCGGGGCUGCCGCCGUUACCAGUGGCGCAACUCAAUGUCCAGCGACGCAUGCGGCCGGAGAUCUCCCAGCUCAUUCGGAGGAUGUACCCGAACCUACAAGACCACCCCUGUGUCAUGGAUCUACCGUCCGUCGUCGGGAUGCGAGACAACUCUCUUCUGGGCUGGACCAUGACCACCCAGAAGAUGGGCAAAGACGACGGCACCAGUGUCAAGUCGCACAGCAACCCCUGGGAAGUGUCGAUGGCCAAGGCCCUCAUCCACCACCUCGUGCGACAGGGCGAGUACAAGAGCACGGAUAUCGCGCUGCUGACCCCCUACACCGGCCAGCUCCAAAAGCUCCGCGCCAGCCUCAGCAACGACUUCGAAGUCUUCCUCAGCGACCGCGACAUCGAGGCCCUCGCACAGGAAGGCUUCGAAGCCCAACCCGACACCACCACCACCAACAACGAACCCACCCCCGCCGACACCGCCCCCCGCAAACUCACCGAAAAGAAAAAACUCCUCCACACCAUCCGCCUCGCCACCGUCGACAACUUCCAAGGCGAAGAAGCCGCCGUCAUCGUCGUCUCCCUCGUGCGCAGCAACCCCGCCCACAAGGCCGGCUUCCUGCGCACCGAGAACCGCAUCAACGUGCUGCUCAGCCGCGCCCAGCACGGCCUGUACCUGAUCGGCAACGCCGCCACCUACGCGGCCAUCCCCAUGUGGGCCGACGUCCACACCCAGCUGCGCGCCCGCAACGCCCUCGGCCCCGCCCUCGCCCUGUGCUGUCCCCGCCAUCCGGAGACGGCGCUCGCGUGCGCGGAGCCGGCGGAUUUUGUGGUGCAGAGCCCCGAGGGCGGGUGUGCGUUGACGUGUGAGAGACGGCUGGAGCCGUGUGGCCAUCGGUGUCCCGCGCCGUGCCACUCGGCGAGGUUGCAUGAUGCGUUUGACUGUUUGCAGCCGUGUCCAAGGUUGAGGGCGACGUGUAAGCAUCCGUGCCCGAGGCUGUGUGGCCAGGUGUGUGGGCCGUGUAGGGUGGGUGUUGAUGGAGUGCGCUUGGGGUGCGGGCAUGUCCAUGAUGCCGUGGAGUGCUAUAGGACGUUGGACUUGGGGGGCAUUCGGUGUGAGAAGAUGGUGGAGAAGGUGGUGCCUGGGUGUGGGCAUACCGUUACGGUUCGUUGCUGCGACGAUGUCUCGGCGGAGUCGUAUGCCUGUCCGACGAAGUGUGUUGAGGGGCUGGAGUGUGGCCAUCAAUGCCCGGGGACGUGCGGCCAAUGCCGAGGGCAGGGUGAGGAGGCGGUUGUCAUCGUCACCCACCAGACGUGCAAUAAGGUGUGCGACAGGCCGUAUGGUACUUGCAACCAUCGCUGUUCCAAGGCUUGCCAUGAGGGGAAGGAGUGUGGGACUUGCACCAAGACGUGUGAAGUCCGCUGCUCUCACUCUCGUUGCCACCAGGAAUGUCAGAAUCCUUGCACUCCAUGCAUCGAAAAGUGCACAUGGUCCUGCGAACACAAAGGCUCCUGCUCAUUGCCAUGCGCGGCACCUUGCGACCGACUGCCCUGCGACGAACGCUGCACCAAUACUCUCAUAUGCGGCCAUCAAUGCCCGAGUUUCUGCGGCGAGGAGUGCCCGCAAAACUGGUGCCAGAUAUGCUGCACCCAGAAGGAUGCUCGCGUGGAUCUCAUGGAGUUUAAGACAUACGGCGAAAUCGAUCUGGACGAGACCCCCAUUGCGGUCCUCGGAUGCGGCCAUUUUUUCACGGGUGAGACGCUUGAUGGUAUGCUCGGGCUAAGGAAUGUGUACACAACGGACAAGUUCGGCAACUUCAACGGUCUUGGGGAAUUAUCCGGCCAGUUGAUGACCGUACCUGCUUGCCCCGACUGCAGGAUCCCUAUCCGCCAGUUCGCCACGAGACGGUACAACCGGGCUGUCAAUAAGGCAGUCCUGGACGAGACCUCAAAGCGGUUCCUGGUAGGGGGCCGUGAGACGCUGGCACGACUUGACGAGCGGGUGGCAGCAGCAGAGAAGCAACUCUCUGGUUCCCAAGAUCUGGGGUCGGCCCGUAAGGUGGCCGUAAAGUUGCCCACGGAGAUAACCAAGUUCCGGAAGGAGAUGGCUGCCGAGCACCAGCCUACCAAGAAGCUCUUUGACGCCGUCCUAACUUUCCAACGUCUUCAACGGGAGCAACCCCUCGAGCAAACCCUGGAGCAAACCCUGGAGCAAACCUUCGCAAACUUCACCCUCUCCGAGACCACCACCACCACAGUCCCUCAACCGGUCUACGACCAGCAAAUCACACUCAACGCCCACCGCCUACAGUUGCGCAUUCAAGAGGCCCUGCUGCGCGACGCCUUUACCCAAUUCACCGAUCACAACAGCAUCUACAGCACCACCCCCCUUACCAAGGGCAGCGGCGCCGUCGACAAGCGAGCCGUCAACUUCCUGACGGGCUGCCAAACCCUGAUCGACAGCGCCACCGCAGCCAAACUCCCACGCCUCGUCAUCCCCACCAUCCUCUCCUACGCGCGCAUCGCCCAGCUCGAGGGCUGGUACCGCCGUACCAUCGCCCCCACCCUUGCCACCACCACCACCACCACCACCACCGAACCGCCCACCCCAACCCCUCUAACAAAACAACCCCCCGACGACACAAACGAGCCCACACACACCGAAACCGCACGCACCCUGCUCACACGCGCCCUCGCCCUCUGCGACAGCCUGCCGUCCAGCGUGGGCGCCGCCUACCGGGACGAGGUGGAGGAGACGGCCAAGCUGUUUGCCGAAGCCCGCUACGAGGCGGUCACGCCGGCCGAGCUGGCGGCGAUCAAGAAGGCGAUGGUGGAGGGGAGGGCGGGGUUGAGUACGCAUUCGGGGCAUUGGUAUACUUGUCGGAAUGGGCAUCCGUUUGCGAUUGGGGAGUGUGGCAUGCCGAUGGAACAGGCGAGGUGUCCGGAGUGUGGGGAGGCGAUUGGAGGGCAGAAUCAUAUGACGAUGGAGGGGACGGAGAGGUAUAUGGAGAUGGAGCGCGAUUAA